AUCAGGGUCUCGCUAAGUGUUGCGAUCGAGAAACAUCAGACAUGGGGAGGUCACCGUGCUGCGAAAAAGCUCACACGAACAAGGGCGCCUGGACCAUGGAGGAGGACCAGCGGCUCGUCGCCUACAUCAGGGCUCACGGCGAGGGCAGCUGGAGGUCGCUUCCCAAGGCGGUGAGUCUGCAGCGCUGCGGGAAGAGCUGCCGGCUGCGGUGGAUCAACUACCUGCGCCCUGACCUCAAGCGCGGCAACUUCACGGAGGAGGAAGAUGACAUCAUCAUCAAGCUCCACGGCCUCCUCGGAAACAAGUGGUCUCAGAUCGCCGGGCGGCUGCCGGGCCGUACUGACAAUGAGAUCAAGAACUACUGGAACACGCACAUCAAGCGCAAGCUCCUGGCCCGCGGCAUCGACCCGCAAACGCACCGCGCCUUGGCUGCAUCGAGCUCAACCUGUUCAUAAGCCUGCCGAGUCAGCCGUCCUUACCAUCUUCGUCGCCGCUGCCGAUGAAGCAAGAUACAGAAGCAACAGGCAGCGCGAUCGCAGUGGUUGUGUCCAGUGCAGAG